GAGUCAACAUUGUGCAUCCGUACGUCCAAAGCAGAUAGCUAAAUAUCUAUGGCAACGGCAUCGAAAUUGAGGCACGUAUUGAUGAAGAUCCUGCCAGCGCCAGAGAUGGGAAAACAUUUCACAUCUCAAAUCACUUGGACAUGAUUCGGAACAGCCUUUGGACCAUCAAUUCCUUCCUCUUGGAUGCUACUCUAAGUGUGGUUGAGCAGCCUGAUGUGGCAGAGUGGAUGAAGGAUGUGGGUGUGGCCGUUGAGGAUGUCGACAGCCUACUCAAGAGGAUCUUGGACUAUUGGGAACCGAGCGAAGAGGACAAAGUAGAAAACAGGAGGUUGAUGAUCAGCAACUUCCUUUCAAUGAGUAGCCGCCAAGCCAUCCUAGUAGAGCUCAAAGAUAUGGCUUGCAUGUUGAAUUACCUAGUGAAUAGAGGGGCUGCUUUAGGUCUCUGGGUGGAGAUGAUGGACUCCAUGGAUCCAACCCAUGAUGACUACUCUGCUAUUUUGAGCAAGGAGGUGAUUGGAAGAGAGGAAGACAUAGAUCAAAUCAUAGAGCUCCUUCAACAACAACAAUGUGACGAGGAUGGAAAUGCACCCUUCAUCAUUACCUUGGAAGGUACCAUGAAUGGGAAGACAACCCUGGCCCGCACAAUCUAUCAUCACCCUUGGGUGCACCGACAUUUCCAACAUCGGAUAUGGUUGGAUGCUCCUUUAUCUAUUAGAUCUAUUAGAGAUUUCAAGAGUAACGUGAUCGCCAAAGAAAUUGCAAAAUAUACCGGGAAGUCAUGUACAAACACGGAUUAUUGGCCACUUAUCAAUGAACAUUUUGGUGGAGAUAGAUACUUGCUCAUCUUGGAUGGCGUUCAAGUAAGUCAUCUUUUUGCAUACAAGUGGAAGGAAUUUAUGUUGAAGCUCCUUCAUUGUGGUGCACCGGGGAGCAAAGUCAUUCUAACUGGUGAUUGUUUUUAUGUGUUUGGAAUGGAAUUCUACAUCAAGAAUUACAAAUUAAACAUGCUGUCCGAAGAUACAGGGGCAAGAAUAUUAUUAAGGUAUUCAACAUUUGUCCAUCCAAUUGAAGCUAAUAGCAAUCACAAAGAGAAGGCUUCUCCUGCUGUUACUGAUAUGCAAAUUCCACUUAAAUAUCCUCUAUUGGUAAAGGGUUUAGGACUCAUAUAUAGGCGGAUAAACACGAGACUAGAUAAGGAGAUUUUAAGCCGAUAUGACCUUGAUACUUUAUUAAAGUAUUAUUCUUGGCCAAUUGAGAGAGAACGAUAUUUUCAAUACCAGGAAUUGUUUGGAAGAUAUUCAAAUCAAUGUUCUGAUGAAGAUCUAUUCGAAAUAUUGGUUGCAGAAGGCACUCUAAGAUAUAAUUGGAUGAAGAACACUGAAUACGACGUGCCAUUCAACUUCAAGACAGAUCCAUGCUUUUUCAGAAUGAAGGCUUGGGAAGGUUCUAGGAUACCAUUACAAUGCCGCCAUUUAUAUCUACCUAUCCAUUCGAAGAACAUUUCAAAAAUUAAAAAAGUCAUUGAAAAGGCUGGAGUAGCCGACCGGCUGAGAACUUUGAUUUUGCACAUGAAAGAGAAAAAAGAACAAAUUUAUCAAUAUCAGACAGUAUCAAAGAUACUUGAAAGUAUGUUUGUAAAUCUCAAACAUUUAUGUACGUUACAUAUGGGAGGUAUCAUGAUUCAAUACCUCCCUAGUUCGGUUGGCACAUUGCAUUGCUUGAGGUACCUCAACCUUGCUGAGAACAAGAUAGAAACACUGCCAGAAUCCCUCUGCAACCUCGGUAAUUUGUGUGUUCUAAAUUUAUCUAGUUGCAAAAAGCUUAAGGAGCUUCCAAGACAAAUCCACAAGCUUAGAAAAUUACAGAUUUUGAAACUGUCAAGCUGCCUAAGGAUUCAAAAGUUGCCGGAGUCAAUCACUUGGCUUGUGAAUUUGAAAGAGUUAGAUGUUGGAGAUUGUUGUUAUCUUUCAAAGUUGCCGGAUGACUUGUGCAGCAUGAAGAACUUGAUGCAGCUUGAGAUGCAUGGAUGUGCAUCAUUGACUAGAAUGCCUAUCGGAAUUAGGCAAUUGACAAAUUUGGAAGUGCUGCGGGGAUAUGAUGCUAUCGAUGGUCUUGGAAAUGUCAUGCUAUCAGAGUUGCAAACUCUUACAAAUCUUGAGUCCCUGCAUAUACGACACCUUGAAAGAUUAGAAUUAGCCGAAGAAAAGAAUAUCACUCCACCUACAAAUUUACUGGAAAAUCAAUGUCUAAAUGAGUUGACGUUGCAUUGGGAAUGGUGGAAUGAUAUGGUUGCUGAAGGAACUUUGGAGCCCACAAUGCAGCUGACCCAAGGCUUCCAACAUAACCUACGAGACUUGAUUGUCUUGAAGAUGGUUUCAUACAUGAGCGACAAAUUCCCAAGUUGGCUGAUGAUAGCCGACAGAGAUUCUCUUCUCAAUAAUUUGACUACAGUUCAUCUUAUUAAUCUCCGGAGGUGUGAGAGACUACCACCACUUGGACAUUUACGUAACCUUAAGGAGGUUGCAAUCAGUGGUUUUGAUUCAGUCAAAGUAGUAGAUGAAACAUUCUACGGGGAAGAUCACAAUUCUGUAUUUUUGCAUUUGAGGAGACUCACAUUCUCUGAAAUGCCUAGGUUAGAGAAAUGGGUGGGCUUGAAGCACACACAUUCCCGACUUCUUUUUAGGAGCCUUAAGGAAUUGACCCUAAUUCAGUGCCCAAAGCUCAAGGAAUUUCAUAUGCGAUUUCCAGAAUCACUUUCGUUGAAACUCUUGCUGAGCAAUGAGAUGCUAAUGCCUAUUUCUAAAUUUGUUGGUUGGCAGAACCUUCGGCAAGUCAAUAUGUUGCAGAUAUUUGGGUGCCAAGAAUUGAGGAAUCUACCGGAUGGUUUGAGGAUGAUCCCCAACCUAGAGACAUUGGAAAUAAUAAAUUGCAACAAAUUGGAGGCUUUGCCAAUUUGGCUCAAAAAGUCGCGUUUGAAGUCCUUGUUCCUAUCUGGUUGCCCUGCGCUAUCAUUCAUUCCCGAGGAAUUGAAAUUCAUGGAACGACUAACAAAUCUAUAUGUCGAAGCUUGUCCCAAGCUGCAGAGGCAGAGCCAAUUAUCGGAGUUGUGCAGGUGCAGUGGCGAUUUUUGAUCAAUGUGUCCCUCCACAUAUGAGAUUCGCAUUAAACUAUUGUUCUUCUUUUCUAGUUUUAAUUUGUCUUUAUUCUAUGUUAAAACCUGUACCAGUGUACCUAUUGGUAAUUAGACAUGUAGGAAUAGUUUGAUUUUUUUUUAAUAUAUAUUAUGUGGAUGUAUUUAGCUAAACUUCUCGUCACGGUGUGUCCUUGUCGGAUUAAGAGGGACAUACAAGGCUCAUCCAAAUGAGAGGACCUAAAUGUUCAAUCUCAACCAUUUAAUUUAA